AUGAACGAAGCGACAGUCGCAGUCACAGACGUGGAGAUGAACCGCACGGCGAAUCCACAUCUGGUCAACGACAUAAUUACAUCUUUUGCUUGGAGCAACCUCGAGGUGAUUGUUCAAGAUCGAAGUACAAGAGCGCCUUUGACGAUACUCUCCAAUGCAACAGGUAGGGUUUGUGCGGGAGAGAUGCUCGCCAUUCUGGGGCCUAGCGGUUCCGGCAAGACGACUCUCUUGAAUGCACUCGCGCACAGGGCUGCAGCAGCAAACGCAGCAACUACUGGGAAUAUUUUAGUCAACGGGCAUAAAGUAUCUCUUCAGGAAACUCGUGAUUUGUCAACCUAUGUCGAGCAAGAAGAUGCGUUGAUCGGCAGCCUUACAGCCAGAGGAACCGUGUUGUUUGCGGCACGACUCUCGCUUUCACAUGCAAAGAGCAGAAGAGAAGUCUUCAGACGCGUUGAUGACCUCCUAACCGCCUUUGGUCUACAAGCUCAGGCACAUACUAUUGUCGGCACACCUAUCAAAAAGGGCCUGAGUGGUGGUCAAAAGAAGCGUCUCGGCGUUGCGAGCCGACUGGUGACAAACCCGAAGAUCAUCUUCCUGGAUGAACCGACAAGCGGACUGGACUCUGCUCUCAGCCUUGAAGUGUGCACGUAUCUCAAGGAGAUUACACGCAAAAACGAUCUCAUUACCAUAGCGUCAAUUCACCAACCGUCGUCUGCAACAUUUCAACAAUUUGACAAGCUUCACCUGCUAUCUGGCGGAGAAACAUGCUAUUUUGGCCGCGUUACAGAGGCCACGGCAUAUUUCAGCAAGAUCGGAUACACGAUCCCGGCUGAGACGAACUCGGCAGACUUCUUCAUUGAUCUCAUCAACACUGACCUCGAUAAGAAUGGCGAGAUUCGCCACCGCACGGUCCACAUCUGCCAGGCUUGGAAGACAUCGCUCGAUAGCGGGAAUCUCGAUACAUCCAUCCAGAAGUCUAUGGAGGGAACGCCUUCAUAUUCGAACCUCAAAACCCAGCGGACGCUCUCAUUGCGCACUCCUGUGAUACUUAUCCAUCGCUCUUGGAUCAAAUCUCACAGAGACGUCAUGGCCUACGGUAUUCGAAUCGCCAUGUACCUUGGAUUGGCUAUCCUUAUGGGCACCGUCUUUUUGCGUCUCAAAACCGAGCAAUCAUACAUACAGCCUCUGAUCAAUGCCAUCUUCUUCGGCGGUGCCUUCAUGUCGUUUAUGGCGGUGGCAUAUGUGCCUGCAUUCCUUGAAGAUCUCAACACCUUCCGACAGGAGCGCGCAAAUGGCCUGGUUACACCCCUUUCAUUUGUCAUAGCCAACUUCAUCAUUGGACUUCCCUUCCUCUUCGCCAUUUCCCUACUGUUCUCGGUCAUUACGUACUGGAUGUCCAACUUUCGCCCUUCCGCAUCUGCUUUCUUUACUUGGGUUCUCUGGCUCUUCUUGGAUCUUGUUGCGGCUGAGUCUCUGGUGGUACUUGUAUCCUCCAUUUUCAGCAUAUUUGUUGUCGCAUUGGCAACCACAGCCUUUGCAAAUGGACUCUGGAUGUGUGUCAACGGAUUCUUGGUCCCAAUGGGCAUAUUGAACCCCUUCUGGAAGUACGUCUUCCAUUAUAUUGACUAUCAAGCCUAUGUGUUCCAAGGGAUGAUGGUCAAUGAGUUUGGGCGUCGGAAUUACUCUUGCGAUGAGAUUUCCGAUGGACAGUAUCAGUGUAAUUACCCCAGCGAUUUGAACUCCAUAGGCAAGAUUCGCGGCACCGACGUCUUGCGCCAAUUCAGUCUCGGAACUGGGGAAGAAGGUACAUGGAUUGGCAUUAUGAUUGGGAUUAUUGCUGGAUAUCGAGUUCUUGCUUAUGUCGUGCUGGUAUUGCGAGAAUAA